GCAUACGUGUUGGCAUGUACUGAAACAAAGAUUUCAAUCGUCGAUGCGUUACGCAAUGAGACUGAAAUUGACCAACUAACAUCAGCGUCUACUUCGAUGCCAGAAGCGAACGAAGAAGUCUCAACCAUCGCUCUUGAAUCCACACACCCAAUGCUUAUCAAACCAUCCUCGACGCCAUCGACCAUCAGUCACAUGCCAAUGUUCGCUGCUCCACAAGGUGCGGACAGUUUUUUUUUGAUCUGA